AUGCAGGCAUUCCUCAUUAUGGACUAUAUCCCUGGCCGAUCGCUAGAUUUACACAGUCUGGUAAACGAAACAGAGCAACGUCGAACGCAAUUCUUCUCAGAACUCAUUGACAUAUUUGUCCAGUUGGGGAAAUUGGAGUUCCAUGCUGUAGGCUCAUUGAUUCCAGAUCCAACUGGUCAGUCGAAAUACGUUGUGGGCAAUUUUCGUUCUAUGCCAAUGAACGAACUUCAAAUGCAAAAACAACGACGGCGGCAAUUGACAUUCACAUCAGCAACUCGGUUCGUUGAUGAACUGUAUGAUAUUCUUUUAGAAUUAUAUCGGAUGCCUAUCGAAGAACUAUCCCGCGAAACCGCAGAGCUCGAGCUGUUCGCACUCCAUAUCCUGGCAAAGGAGAUUCCCAAGAUUCUUGAUUCCCACUCGGAUCAGGGGCCAUUUGUGCUUACCCAUGCCGACCUGAGGUGCGCCAACAUCAUCGUCGAUGAUGACUUCCACAUCCGGGGUAUUAUAGAUUGGGAGUGGGCAAGUACCGUUCCUCGACAAUUUUUUACACCACCACCGUGGAUUACAGGGCAUGACAUUGAUUCUCUCCGUGGAAUUUCAAAGGACAUUUAUGCAGAAUUUUGCCACGUCCUGCAGGCAAAGAGCAAGGUCUCCAGUGAUUACGACCAGCUGCUGGAAGCCUGGGACUCUGAUCACACACUGACACUGCCCCUGACCCGGAUCCUUCAACACCCCACCAGUCUUAUUUGUGUAUUCUACAGGGCUAUUUAUCCUAAAAUGUUCCGGGAAACCCGCCACGAAUUCGUUCCAAGGUUUUUUAAAAGUUACAGGAAUUGGCUACUAGAGUUGGAGAUUCGACAACGCUUGGAUGCGUCUUGUCGAUACACACAGUAUUUGAAGGACAGCGGAUUGUUUGUCGUUGACGAACAAUCCCAGAAGAUUAACGAGUGGCUGCUCAGGGGACCGUCUAUAUGUUUACUGCGGGAGCUUGUGCACAACAAUAAUAAGAUCAAAGAGGAUGUCUGGUACUAUAAUGGUCUGAACCUCACUAUCAGCGAAGCGCUCAAUUACAUCCCAGCUCAAGACGCAGCUUAA